AUGUUUAUUAAUAUAUUAGUAUUAAAUACUACCCAAAAUCGAAAAAUUAACCGCGAUAUUAUUUUUACGAAAUUACCAACCGUAAAAGGCGUUAUAUUCGAUAACCACGCGAACGAACACAAUUCCACCUACCACCCAAACACCCGCGUGGACUUUUUCGACGAUAUUUAUAAAUGGAUUAAAAACCCCGACGGGAACCACAUUUUUUAUUUGCGCGGCAUGGCCGGAACUGGCAAAUCGACCAUUUUUCGGACGGUAACCAAAAAGGUAUCCGAAACCAAAAUACCCAUAACCAGCGAAAAUAACCGCGGUAAAACCGCCAGGUUUUUUACCACCAUAAUCGACCAAUUUGUCCGUCACUAUUAA